UAAGACUCAAGUGGCAUGCAUGCGAAAAGGUCAGGGGUCACUGAAGCGUGCGAAAUGGCAUCCGCGACCAGUGCUGUUGUUGGCUUCUGCAACUCCCUUCCCUGUCGUCUCCUCUCUCCACCUCGCCGGAAAGGAAAGGAGAAAUCAACCUCUUUGAGUAACAAACGGAGCUGCAUCUCCGCCGCCGGCCGCCUUUCGUGGAGCGUCGGAGGGAACGGAGGGAAGAAUUUCGCCCUCGCCCACUAUUCUUCCAACUCCGACCAGCAGCCGGAGGAAGCCGAAGGUGCCGUUCCGUCCGAUGAAGCUUUUCUUCCUCCGGAUGAUGUUGAUUACUUGUGGAAGCUUCUAUGGGGUUCUGUUGGUGGUGGUGCUGUGGUAAAAUAUGGUAGCAUUGUUUUCCCAGACAUGACAAGACCUAACAUUGUGCAAGCUUUGCUGAUUGUUUCACUAUCAGUGCUGGUUGCUACUGUAAUCUUAAUAAAGGAGAGCUACUCUACCUCAAAGAAGGACCUCUUAUAACAUCGUUGCCAAGCAGACAAGCAAAUAUUAGGAGGA